AUUUACUAUAUAUCUGGUCUCCCACAGUACACAGAACAUAGAAGUGCAAUUAUCUUAGUAAAUAAAAAAACUGCUAAAUACCUUUUCUUCUUCUAUCAGGGUUCAGCAGAGCUCUGGUUAAAAGCUUGUAGAAGGAGUUUUCUUUCUGGCCUAGGAGGUUGCAGAAGCCCCAACCUCUGUCUGGAGAGUGCUGAUUGGCCCUGUUCUGAUCACAUGCACUCUCCCAAGAAAACAAAAAACACCUCUCUAGCAAUACCUACCAAACUGAGCAUGGUGCAGAGUGACUCCACACAGUAUGUCUUAUCAGGAGAUAAGUGGGGGACACUGGAGAAGGGGAGGAUCAGAGAAGUCAGGAUCAAAACAGCCUUUUUACACACUGCAGAGGAUUAACCCCUUAGGAUCUACAGUGAGUAUAUCAAGCAUGCUUUACUGCAUAUACAGACUGAUUUUACUGUUGUGGGUUUAG